GCGCGCGCACAUCCCCCCCCUGGAAGCUGCGUCAGCGGAUACUACUGCGCAUGCUCGGAUCCGUGGCGCAGGCUCCGUAGCGGCGGCCGCGAUGGUUUACAUCUCCAACGGACAAGUGUUGGGUAACCAGAAUCGGGCUCCUUGGAGUUUAUCAUCUAUAACAGAUUUCUUCUGGGCAAUAGCAGAUUUUGUGGUCUUGUUUUUCCAGAGUAUUAUUCAACCAGACUUGAGAAGGAAGGGGAACACAUCUUCCUCAUAUUCAAGAUACGAUGAUGGAAGAGGGCCUCCAGGAAAUCCUCGCCGUAGAAUGGGUCGAAUAAAUCACUUUGGUGGAGGUCCCAGUCCACCACCCAUGGCUGGAGGUGGAUGAGGAAGGUAA